AAAUCCGUCUUUUGCUUGAGCAAAAGACUGAUGGUAGACUUGAGCGUCUGGACUCGGCUUUACAAUGCGGAGCUUCCUAACAAGAUGGCGGAUUUUUGCGCCAGGGUUCUAUAGCCAAGUGUGGACAAGUUUCCAUACUGUAUGUACACAAAAGGCAUGGUUUGGUUGUAAUGUUUGCAUGUUACAUUUCAAAGAAGUUAGAAAAUUUGUAAUUUUCUUAGUUGUCAACAACAAUAUUGAUCAUUCCCCGUUAAUUAUUCUCAUUAUAUAGAAAUAAGAGUUAUGGAGCAAAAUAAAGAACAGACUCAAACAAAAGUACCUAUGGUAUACAUUUGUGGAGAAUGCCAUUAUGAGAAUGAAAUACGCCCAAGAGAUCCAAUAAGAUGCAGAGAAUGCGGCUACCGAAUAAUGUACAAGAAGAGAACAAAAAGGCUGGUUGUAUUUGAUGCAAGAUAGAUCUACUCCCAUUUCUAAGAUAUUUUGUUGUAAGUCAUGUAAAUUACUAUUCACUUUGAUGUAAUCAUUCAAUUUUUUCUAAUAAAUUGAAGAUUGAAUACUUUCCGUACAGAA